GUAUUACAGUUGACUGUGAGACAGUGCAGAAGGUUGCUUUUAAAGAGUGGCUCCUUUCUGAGUCUUGUGUAGAGGAGUAUUGUGUAUCUGAGGAGUGCUAUCACUUAAGAGAGGAAUUACCACAGAGUAAACUACGUAGAGAAGUUUUUGGCUUCUUUUAAGACGAAGUCAAAGCCACAGAAGUCUUUUACUCUGUUUGAAUAUCCGUAUUCUGGUUGGGCUAAGGAAGUCGUUGAUUGGUACAACAAUGCGAUACAAUCCAAGAAGGUAUCGUCUCCGGUCAAGGUGGAACCUCCGCCUACGCCCGAGGAGUCGAUUGAACAGGAGAUUAUUGAACUUUGCGAAGAGGAGGAAGAUGCGCAGGAUGAAGCGUCGUCUUCUUCCGAAGUAUAUUAAAGCACGUCGAGCUAAGAGAUUGAAUAAAAAAGCUCGUCGUCUUCAGCCAUUAUGGAGAAUGCCAAUUGCACCAAUGAGUCGUGCUAAACUGUCUUUUUGGCACACUGUAAAUAUGAGUUUUAGAUAUGGUGGUGCAGACUUUCAUCAAAAUUUUAAGAAAUUGAAUUUGGUGCCCUUAAAACAUAAAGAAUGGUUUCAUACCUUUAGAUGUAAUUAUGAUAGGGUAAUUCCGUCUAAAGCUAUAAUAAAAUUCUAUGGUUUCAAUGUUCAUGAAAUGUUAUUUCCACAUUUUACAAAUGAAGAAGUGGAAACUAAGGACAAUAGUUCAAUGCAACGGAGAUUAAAUGCAUGUUUGGACAGUCUUUCUAAAUGUAAAUUAACUGGUGCUGUUCAGCCAAGUGAGAUGUUGGUUGUUUCAAAGCCUGCUCAGAAUGCUUAUGUUAGUAUUCGUCAUUUAAAGUAUGGUGAAGAGUUGGGCAGUUUAGCUAAGUAUGAUUCAGGAAAUGUUAAAUAUCGUAAAAUAAAUAAGAGGACUACAUUUAAGUUUUAUCAUUAUUUUAAGCCUAGUACAUCUUGUCCAAUAGAUACUGUGUUGAAAGAGGAUAAUGCUGUGUCUACUUUAGAAACAGAAUGUAAAGUUCCAGAUCAUUGUAGAUUGUAUUCUAAUUCAUUUGGUGAUUAUUGUAUGGGUGUUUUAGAGAGUGGUUUUGAGCCGCAGAAGGGUUCAGAAAAUGUAUUACGAAAAUCUGUUUCUGUAUUGUGUAAAGUUGAUUAUUAUGAUGUUCUUGAAGUGACACUACAUCUUGGUUGUGAUAAAUCAAUAUGUGAUGCCUCUGAGUUGAGAAAAUAUACUCUGUGGAAUGAUGAAUAUGCUAGCACCAUGUUAAGAUUUUCAACGGCAAAUACUGACUUGAAGAAGGCACUUUACGAAGUUUGUGAAGAGAAUUUAUCUGCAGCAACAGCAGAGGCAGUAAGAGAGAAUGAUCCUUCGGAUGAUGAGUAUGGAGCUAUACCAGAUAGCCCAGUGUCACCGUCACCACUGCAGAACCCACCACCACCACCACCACCACCACCACCACCACCACCACCACCACGGUGA